UUCUCCAGUCGCGACGCCUCGACCGCAGCCCCUCGCUCUCGCUCUCGUCUCGAAAGGGAGGAGGAACCGCCGUCGCCGGAAUGGACCUCUCCGAGAUCGCCAGGAAGCUCGGCCUGUCGGAGCCCAAGCACCUCCUCCGCAAGGCGGCCGAGCUCCGCCGCCUCUGCGACGUCCAGUUCGAUUCCUCCAUCAUCGGCGUGGGAGAGGGCUGCAAGGCCGUGAUCUGCUUGGAAAUCGCCGCGAACAGAUUGCAGGUGAUAUUCGAUAGGCAGGCCGCGGUGAAGCUGAGCGGAUUGUCGGAGAAAGCUUACAAUAGAUCGUUCAUUUCAAUGCAGAACGGACUGGGGCUCAAGAAUACGUUGGAUAUCAGAGAGCUCGCGAUUCAGUUCGGUUGCGUCAGGCUGAUUCCGCUCGUGAAGAAGGGCCUGUCUCUAUACAAGGACAGGUUCCUCACAUCAUUGCCCGCUUCAAGAAGGGCAACUGCUGAUUUCACUCGACCUGUAUUUGUUGCUGUAGCAUUCUACUUAUGUGCGAAGAAACAGAAGCUCAAGGUAGACAAGAUCAAGUUGAUUGAACUUUGUGGGACAUCGGAAACUGAGUUCGCUUCUGUCGCCAAUUCAAUGAAGGAUCUAUGCCAUGACACUUUUGGUGUCACAAAGGAAAAGAAAGAUCCACGAGAGGUCAAAGGAAACCGAGAUCUUCUUGACGUAGUACCUGAAAAGAGGCAACUGGAGGAUGGUGGGCAUCUAUCCGAUGAAGGACCAGAGUCUUCAUGCUACCAGAAGCGCAAGAAGAUGGAGAAGCGGGAUUACGAGCAGUGGAAAUCCUCCGUCCUUGCAUCUAAUGAAAAGAGCGAAGUUUCAUGCAAGCGGACCAAACAAGCGCAAAUCAACUUUGUCAAAAAGGUUCCGGAAGCCCAAGAACUGGAUGCAACAUGAGGAUCAUACAAGCACUUUUGGAUUUCUGUCAACGACUCUUGCCAGUAAUGCUAAAAUGAUCAGUUGCAUGAGCUGGAACGACCGCCUAUGAAACUCCGGCAAACGGAAGGUUCUCAAUUGCAAAGCGGUUCAUUAUACAGAAAAAUCAUAGUUUGCUCAAUCAGUAAUCAAAUCUUGUAUAAAAAUAGGAAACAUGUGCACUGCUUUCUCACUCUCUAUCAGAGAAUUCUCGGAUGCUUGAGGGGUGAAAAUACUGAAUAACUCGGUCGUUCGGUCU